UUGUUUACAAAAUAAAAGAGCAGACUAAUUUCGAACAGUAAGGAGUCUCUCUGCACAUAGCAAGAAGAAUGUAAUCUCUGCAACCAGCGAAGAGACGAGUGCAAUAUUUUACAGUAAAAGACAAACGACAAACUACUUCAAAUAUACGAUAUCUCGAAUUCAAUUCUACUAUGUACCAUUCGUAUGUGACAGUUGGUGCUCAUAUGUUUGAUUAGUGUAGUUUAUUAUGUAAAAGCAUGCUUUAUUGGCGAUAGAAGUCACUGUUCAGUACUCUGACGUAUUAUUUUUACAAAUGCAAUACAGGACAAGUUUUGCUUAGGGAAGAAUGUUUCUUUAUUACUGAACUUUCUGAUUACAGUGAAGGCAGAAAAUGUCUGUAGUAUUUUGUUGUCUUAAAAACUGUUUUGAUGGAAUCGGUUUAUCACAAAAUAAUUUACCGCGGAGAGAAGUUAAUCCUAUAGUGCUUGAUACAGGUCACAUGGGUCAUGAAGUAGUGGUAGUAAAAAGUGGACAGCGAAUAUGCGGUAGUGGUGGUGCUCUGGCCAGUGCACCGUUAGUACAAAGUAAAGCUUAUUUUGAGGUUAAAAUACAACAGUCUGGUUUGUGGGGUGUUGGUUUAGCAACACGAAAUACAGACUUGAACCAAUCACCAGGAGGACAUGAUGCUGAAUCUUGGGUUCUGUGCUGGGAUGGGGUAUUUAGGCAUAAUAAUACAGAACUUAACAAAAUACAAGAUUGUGCUCAGGAGGGAGAUAUUUUGGGGGUCUCUUAUGACCACAUUGAGCUCAACUUCUUUAUCAAUGGUAAACCUACGGAUAGCCCGAUGACUGGCAUCAGAGGCAGUGUAUAUCCAGCUUUAUAUGUGGAUGAUGGAGCUAUAUUGGACAUUGUUCUUGACAACUUCCAUCAUUCUCCACCAGGAGGUUUUGAUAAGAUCAUGCUAGAGCAGAGCCUUCUGUAAUACAGUGCUGACCUACAGAUUUUAACUUGAAUGUCCUCAGCAUUUUUUUCCCUCCAUUACACAAGAAAGAGGAGUCCAUCCACUAAAAUGAUAAUAUACAAGCUGAUCCUAUUCUAAAAUUGUCCCAGUAUUCACCAGAAAACCUUUACAUCUGCCUUAUGGAAAAGUAGUACAGCUGUUCUUCAUUUUGUAUGUUGUACUUGAAAUGUAAAAAGCAUGCAAGUAAUAAUUUUGAAAUUCUGGAAUAUUAAUUCAUAGUAUAUUCAUAUACUAGGAGUAUGGUACAUUUAAAUUAACAGGAAAUAUAAAGUAUUAAUUCAGGUGAAUCAUUUAAACGAAGGAGUGAAGUUAAAAAAUUUGUAUAAUAUUGUCGCCUUUUGAGAAUAACUUAUGAGCACUUCCUCACUAAUUAAGGAAGUGUCUGCAAUUGAUUUUUCUUUUAUUUCUUCAUAAGAUAUUUACACUAGGUUAUCCAAGUCUACAUCUCUUUCAGAGGCUAGGUUGUUCCUUGGAAACAGGUUUGUAAUUGAUUCUACUUAUUAUGUUAAUAAUGGCUUAUGACCAAGAAAUUGUGGUACUGACCAUAUCAUUGAAGAAACUAUAAUGGUCUUGUUGGAGUUGUUGAAACUUUGUACUUCAUAGAAUAUGAAGGAAGGAAAUCUCCCUAUAUAAUUUAUAUCAUCUAUUCCUGUUUAUUUCAUAGUACUAUGUAGAUGGUAAAUAAGUAAUAUUGCAGAUACAUUAUAUCAUAGUUUAGCAUAUGAUUUUCUGAUGAAUAUGGAAAGAUGUACUCUAGUAUGUCUUGUGCUCUUUAUGGGGAUGUAUGUCAAAACAAAACAAUGUUUGCUUGUCAUGGCCUGUUCUUUACCUCCAGAAGAUUUUGCAGAAUCAUGUGUUAAAACUUGGUGCAAUGUGCUUGAAAAUGCAUUGCUAUGGUAAUGUUCCCAUAGACAUUAGCAUGUCCUUCAGAUUUGCAGGAAUUAAUGGAGUGUGGAUUUCUUGUAUGCAGGCAUAGGAUAAGAGCUUUUCCCAUCUGUUGUAAAGUGUGGUAAGAAAAUAUACUUUCUCUCUGUAGACUGGAAAAUAUAUUUUUGUUUAAAAAGUAUUCUCAUCCAUUACCUAUACUCAACAAUGGUAAGGUAAAAGUUAAGUUAUCCCUGUGCUUAAAGAACUGUUCUUAAGGUAUGUGGGUAUGGAAAUAAAUUACCACAUUCUUGUUCAUGGCAUUUGAAGUGAGUGGUCAGCUUUCAAUGGGAAAUUAGGUAAGCCUGAAAGUCAUUAUGGGUGCUGUUGAAAAGGCACACAUUUCUGCCUGAAAUUGAACUCUGCUUGUUUAGUCAGUAGCAUGACAAUUUAGUGACUGAGCUGUCAUGGCUCUUACCACUGUGCAGUAUAGAAUAUGAAUUUUGAAUCAGAGGUACAACUGUCCAGGUGGUUGAGAUCACUCUCCAGGCUUCAGUCUUCUUGUAUGAGUCCUGGUAGUCUGGAAUCUGCUGAUACUUCUCUUUGGGAUCAACUUAGAUUCAAGUAGUGUGUUUUGAGCAUGGGUGCUUCAGCUAUUUUGUGGAGAAAUUCUUAUAUUAUCUCAUGGUGAAUACAGGGUGGCCCUGGAAUAAGUUCUAGAGGGUGUGAGCAGGUGUUUGGUGACACUGACUGAUAUAAACAAAGGCAGUUGCCAAUACCAAGUUCUACAAUAAGAAUUGGAUCUGCUCAUUGUGUUGAUACAUGAGUUACCCAGUAAAUAUAUUUAUGCUGUACGUACUUCACAAAUACUUUAGUUAUCUUAGAACAAUUGAACUAUACUUUUACACAGUUGUUGCUUGCGUAAUCAAGAUUUGUAUUACUGGUGUGUUUGAUUUUGUACUGUCCUCAAUUUUAGAUUAUAAGCUUUGAGUUGAAAUAAUUUAAAAAUACAACAUGUUGAAUGUCAGACCUGAGUAAUUACAUUUUAUUGAACGAAAGUCUACAUGUGACUUGAACUGCGAUGUAUCAGACAGAAAAGUAGACUAGAGUGCAGUGUGUUUGAAAAGUGAUACAUUACAAGAAUAUAUGCAUAGCUAUUAUGAGGCAAUCAUAAAAGCUAGGGUAUUCCUGGCUCUGUCAUGUAGGCUGUUGUCAUACUUAAUGGGACUGCCCAUCUAAUUGGUGACUCCACUUGAAAAUUUUGAUAAAUUUGCAGAGGUUGUUGGGGGCCUACAUUAAGCUAUGCUAUUGGGUUCAUGGAGGGAAUGAGGAAAACUGCACAGAAACCUAGCCAGAAUAGCAUGCCCUGCUUGGUAUGGAAUUCAUUAUUACCAGUACAGAAGUCAUCUGACUUUUCAUAAUUGAUCUUGUGCUGAAGUCAGCUGAAGUAAAGUGCCCAUACACUAGAGCUAAAGGAAUAUUCUAGGCUGCUGUUUAUUAAUUGUUUUGAUGUGAUGACACACAAAAAUACAUUUCAGUAUCUCAUAGCACAGCAAAUUAUGUAUUACACAGAGGUGUGUGUGCACAUGCAAACAUAAACUGUAUUAUUCUUGCUACUGUUAUACUUUUAAUUUAUAUCUAUUUAUUGUAAUUUUCUGUGCAAUUAACAAAAGGUUUUAAGGUAGCAACAACUUUUUAUGAACAGGAAAUUCAUAACAAGAGAGGCAGACAAAAGUUGUAAGUAAAACUGGCUAUUCUGAAAGAGCACAAUAAGCCUACAUAAGUAUAAAUAUUUUUUAAAUAUAAUUAAUUUGCGUUGUUAUAAUUGAAACAUGUGAAAUGAAGCAGCUGUUUGUUGACAGGUCACAAAUAUUAAUAUUAUAAUUUAUUACAUUAAUAUUAAGAUAUUACUUAGAACUGCAGCACGCCAACAGGUUUAUAAAAUGAGGCUGAACCAUAUUCACACGCUUUAUGAAUUACUGUUACAUGUAUAGAAAAACAUUUUAAUUUUAAAAUUGUGACUCAAUAAUACCCACUGGUUGAGAAAAAUUAUGUAGGAAAUCUGCCAGUCUAUCCCAAAGGGUUUGCAUGACAUGUAUUGCAUAUUUUCAUUGUAUAAAUGGUUGUUUGGUAUUUGCAACAUCUAUAUAUACAUGUUGAUAAAAAAAGUCAUGCAUCCCAAUCCUGACAUGUUCUGUUUGUCAAAAAGUGAAUUACAUUGAAAUAUGGGCGGAAAAAAUGUUACAUUAAGUGCUGGAAAUGUCUGCUUUGUUCAGUGAUGCAUUCACUCUUUUCCUCAUGUUUGAUGCUGCAACACAAUGAAUAGUUUCAGCAGUGACUGGAAACAGUUUAGCAGAUGAGAUUUCGUUAAUUAACUCGGCACAGAAGAAUUGGGAAAUGUAACACUAAAUUCAUUCUGGCAAAUUAAUUAAGGAUGAGAUGCCAAGUGUUCAACAGUGAGCACUUGUGAGAAUGACAUCUUUGCACUUCACACGUUGAAAGACUACUACUAACAGACUAUAGUAAAAAUUCAUCCAGUUUUAAAAAUAAAAUUAUUUUGUUCUUUGGGAGGAACUACCUCUGGAACUUAGGUCUGAGAGAGUAUUUUAUAUAUUGGACCUAAAAGUAGUCUGCCAGUAAAAGUCAGAUACAAAAUUCUCCCUCACCUCCUGUAAGACAAGUCUUGUAGAUAUUGGUACAGUAUAACAGAGGAAUUUGUAUGAUAAAUAAUUAUACCAAUUCAUGUAAUUACUUCCUUUAAAAUAUAUUUAUAAACCUAUUAUACUUGUACAUGGAGAAGUAUGAUAUGCUUACAUACAAUCAUGUUUUGUUUAGGAGUGGAGUGCUUCAUGAUCUUAAAACAGUACUAAAACAUGUUACAUAGUGAUACAUUUAUUAAUCUUAUCAAGUGAUUCUCUUUCUUGCCUGGACAUUCUUAGAAUAACUGGAUAGGAUUCCCAUUUCAUAGACUUUUUUUAAGUACAGUACAUAACAGAUCUCAUAGAGAUCAGAUAUUUUCAUUCACUUGCUUGUAAAAUAAAAAGGACAUUUCUUCCAUCAUGGUUGAUCAGGUUGUUGUAUACAAUAUUACAACUUAAAAAGAAUGUUGAUUUCUUGGUAAGCAUUUCUGAUUUGAAAACCAAAGAGUGAAUAUGGAAAUGCCAUUGCACUGGCAUUAUUACUAAUGUGAGGCUGAAAUAUAUAGGCCAUAUAAGAAUUUAUGUAGUGAAAGAAUUGUGAAUUAUGUAUGCAAUAACUUGCCAGUCCAUCAAAAUAUACAUCUGAUUAUGUUUAAUAAUGCUUAUGACAAAGAUUUUUAUAUCAAACCUUCAUUUUAUAGCUUUCUAGUAAUCAUAAACUUAUUAUUCAGAGGGACACAUUUGGCUACUGACCAUCAGCAUGUAAGUGGUUUGAGCUUCAAAGAUCAGGUAAUCAUGAUGAAGGAUACUUAAAAAUAACUAACAUAAUACCAGAAAAUGUCAAACAUAAAGGACAUGAAAGGAACAAACAUACAAUGAUAUGUAACUUAGGUAGGGGAUGCCCACAGACACUAAAAAAUAAAUGUGUAAAUUUUUAAAAUUUUGCUAAUGUAAGUUAAAGGCUCCCAUAUCAUGCUCCAUAAAUUACUUUAUGACUAUGUUAAUUGCUUAAAAACUAGUGUUAAGUUUGAAGAGCACUUAAUGAAAUCUCUUCACACCAUCUGAUCUAUAAUAAUGAAGUUUCUUAGAACUGAAAGUUGCAAAUGUUUGACUGUGACUUGAGGGAUAUAUUUUUAACUUUUAGUUGUAUUACAGUGGGACAUGAGAAAAUAGCUUUGGGUGCAACAGAGUUCAAAGAUCAUUUAUACAGUAGCUUUCAAUCUAUUUGAACAGAAGCCUCUGAAACACUAUGAAAAAGUAAAGACUAAUAAAAGUUGCAUAUUCAUGUAAUUAUAAACACAUUUUCAUUUAAACUCUUCACAUUGAAAAUUAGGCCAGCAGUACAAGUGCAGAAUCUUUCCUACAGUGACAAGCACCAAUACUUUUAAAAACUAUCAAAUGAAUGGCUGUAUUUUGUACUUUAUAUCAUUCAUACUAAAUUACAAUCAGUUUUUCUGUGCUGAUAAAAAUAUUUUACACUUCUGAGCUGCAGAGGAUAGAUAAAAAACAUUACCGAAGAAACUCCCAUGAAUAUACAAGUUGAAGACAACUGCUAUUUAACACAUGAUGUGAAGUAAAUUUAAGAUAAUUUAGAUGAGGAAGCACAUCACAGAAACUAUUUCAGAAAUAAUUGAAUACUGUUAAGAGACCAGGCUGUGAAAAAUGUGAAAUUAGAUUCAUGUUCUUGCCAUGCAACUGGUGGCACUUAUAUGAAUGCAACGUAGAUGCUCCAUUCCUUUUGUACCUGCUUAACUCAGCCCUUUAAUUUUUAUGAACAGAACAGUUCUGCCACAUGGAAAAGCAAACUCUGUAUUAUGGAUGGAACUGUUCCACCGAAUAUAUAUACGAAUAUACACCACUAAUUUACUUCCACAACUAUCAGUGAAUUUCUUUUAUAUGAUUUGCAUUUUAGAGAUAAAAGGAAAUUUUUGUACAGGGAUGAGAAAAUGUAAAUUUAUAAAUAUUAACACACAACCAUUUUUUUAAAACAGGGUUAACAGGCAUGUCUUCUUUGUCUGCAUGCAUCAAGGAAAUUUUUAAAAAUUCUUCAGUAAGAAUUGAAAGCUUUCUAAACAAAGCAUAACACAUUAAAUCCAUGCAGAACAGUGUUCAUAUUUUUAUUACAGGAUUUACCUAUGUGUAGAAUUGUAUACUGUAGUUCAUAGCCUAGUUUGAUUUAAGAAAAAAUGUCAAGAAGUUGUUUACUCCAUACUUAUUUCAGACAAGAAUGCCAAGACCAGUAGCACAAUGGGGGAAAUUUUUAAAUGUAGUUUUUUUAAUUCUUUGACAUUACAGACCAGUAGACAUCCUGCUUACAUGUUAUGGCAACCAAAAAGAACAAAUGUUACUGGCAUGUGGCUGUUAAGUGCAAACUAAAAAAGAUGAACAGCAAUAAUAUGAAGAUAGCCGUCUUCUGGGUUGUAGUGAUUCAUCAUCCUCAUGAUGGAGGCAGCAAGGACCUCUGAAACAAUGGUCAUCUUUUACCAUACUACACUGCUACAACACAGAAGACGCUAUCUUCAGACUCACCAUUACGAAAACCUCAAAUCUGACUUAGCAAUAAUAUAGUUCUAUGGAAAAGGCAAAUUAUUUAUUUCAAGGCAAGAUAUCCAUAAUUAAAUUGCUGUGAUAUUCAUGUAAUUAGGUCAACAGCCAAGUGAAGUCAAACUACAAACAAGAGUUGCCAUUUUCCAUUGGAUUUAUAAUUUAAAUUUAAUUAUAUCUCAUUAGAAUGGAAGCUUCAUAAAUAUAAAACUGACACAUAUCAAAAUAGAUGUUAUUCCUUAUUAUUAAUUGGCUAUAUCUUAAAGUAAAAUUUAAUGAUAUACUGUAAUGAAUGGCAACAGAACAAAAACUUUGUAAAAUUAGAGUAAAUUCAGGGAAUAGUUGUUCUUCACAAUGUUCAAUCCAAGUGCAAACUAUCAGAGCACCUUAAAAUAGAACAGGAUUUGCACCUCACAAAGCCUAAAUUCUAACAUCAGCACCCUAAUAAUGGUGCAAUAAGAAGUCGGUAAUAAAUGCUCGUUAACAUGUGACGAAUAAAGGAAAUAAUACAAUGUGUAAUGUCAAAAAUAUCAGUGACCUGCAUCAUAGUUGGCAAUUUUUUUAGCACAUAGGCAGGCCAUCCAAUUACUUUUAUUAGAACAAAACAGAUGUGACUUCCAUCUGAAUCUGACUGUAAUUCAUAUCGAUACACUGAAUUGCCUAAGAUUCUUAUAAAAGUUCCUUAUACAUAAAAUUCUUUAAUAUGUUUAAGUUUAUCGUGGACAUUAGAUAAUUAAGUGUUACAAUAUUAAAUAAGAUUUAAAUGUCAUGUUAAUUUGUCAGUAGGCAGUGCAUCUUCUCCAGCAAAAUAAGCUCUGUCUUGAAUGUAAUACAAAUAAUUUAUCUACUGCCAUGAUCAUUUAAUAAUCUGGACUAAAAAUUAAGUUAAAUUCUACAUUCUUGGCUUUUUAUUAACAUUAAUGCUGUUCAUCAGUUUCCAAACUGCAUGUACUCAUGUAUCAAGGAUCUUCCAUAACCCAUAAAUUAAGGAAUCAUGUCUUUUAGUUCAUAGAGUUUGGUUGGUUGUGAUGUCCUCUGAAGAAAAAAUAACAUAUUUGAAUAAAAACGAUAAUAUUUAAAUUAUGUGAAAACAAUAUAUCAGCCAUUUUAAAAAUAACAUUAACAAGACAGUUGUGUGUGUUAACAUACUAGCAAACCACCCUAACUGCUGGUCUGCUGUUUAGUAUCACAUAUCAUUAUAAAAUUUGAGUACAAUAUUAUUUAUAUACUACUAAGUUAAUAUCUCCAAAGAUAAAACUUCUUAGAAUCCUAAAAAAUAACAACAAAAACCCUGUUUCAUUUAAAUCAGUCAUAUGACUCAAAUCAUAUUUUCAUGGCUGCUAUUACCACCACAAUUAAAUUAAGUCUGGUCAGAUUGAACUUCACAGUAUUCAUAUAUGCUGGCUUCACUUCUUCAUUAUGUAUCACAAGUCAUCGUAUACCUUACACAUACUAUUAUUAUAUUUAUUGCAUAUGUUACAAUGUUUCCAGUUAUGUAAUUCAACUUAAUGACAUUCUUAAAAAAAAGCAAAUCAUGGUACUUUUAAUCUCAACUACGUACUGUUACAAAUUGUUACUGAAGAGGUGUAAUUAAAAGUGGAAAUUAUAAACUUAUCAUUAUGCAGCCUGCUUCAUGCAUGGUUGGCUCCCAUGUUGCAACUGUGAUUUAUACAGCCUGUAUAAAAAACCAUAUGGCACAGUUUUUGCAUUGGAGUAAAUAGCUUUGCACAAUCUUCUCUGUGGUUUAAAGUUUAGUUCAUGACAAUUUUAGUAUUUACAUACCUUAACAGUAACAAUAUAUAUAUUUAUAAGUGACCUAUUUCUGACAUUAGUCAACAAAAUAAUAUAUGCUGAAUAAUUACUAAGACAUUAAAACUAAACUAUAACACAGGACACACCUUUUGUAACUCUCAUGCUGUAUACUAUUCAAAUAAUUGUAAAACAUCUCUCAUUUAACUGUUUAUCAAUUAUGUUGGGUUAAAAUGAAAAAGGACCCUAAAUUUGACCUGUAGAAAAAGAUGUUAUGUUUACCUAAAAUAUAGAAUGGCUUGAAAUCACA